UACUUCUCAUGACGUCAUCGUAAACAAACAUGGAGGACCGCAGACGAAUCCGUAGCUAGCCCGUUUAACACAAGCGUUUAUUUAUAACUGUCCUGCCAGCGAAGAAUGACAUGUUUACACUAUUUUUAAAAAUAACGUCUCUGCUGUUUGUGUCAGACACACUUGGCGCGAGUCAUGGCAGAAAUUGUGGGAUAUGAUGCUAGCUGAGCUAGCUGAGCUAGCUGAGCUUGUAGGUUACCAAGGCAACAUCUACCAAGACGUUGGUAGACAGCUAGCUAGCCGUUAGCUCGUCCUGGACGCUGUCGUUGUUUCCUGACUAACAGGUUGUUUCUCCACACGCCGAAUCCAAGUAAAAUAUUACACAUUUAAAGGUACUUACGUGUUUCUAAGUAACUGUUUAUAUUACUGGCAGAAAAGCGCAACAUCCUCCAACUGCUGGAUUUGUUAACGGAGUUCGGUUUUUCCUUCGGUUUCUUUGUGUUUCUGCUGGUCACCUGGAGCCUAGCUGAGACGGAGAGUGGUGGAUUUAUCUGUCUGUGGAUUUUCUACUCAAACAAACACAUUUCUAUCAUUACAGAGUAAACCUUUGUUAUGUUUUGUGUCAGGAAUUCAGAAAAUAGAUUUAACAGAACCUCUUCUGAGAAAUAUGUCUCUGAUAUAUAAAUGUCUGUUGUAAAAAAUAAUUAAACUAAAACAGGUCUUAAAUUAAUUUAGCUGUAGUGGAAACAAAGCAUAUCUCAUAGUGAGAGAACUUACAUCCAGUUUAAAUGAGGACAUAUGAUCAGACAAGAGGACCUGAGGUCUGAGCUGGACAGCUUCACAGCCAGGACUGGUUCAGCUCUCAGACCAGGUCCAGGAUGAUGCAGUGACGGUGAGGACAUGGAGCAGUACAGUAUUCUGGGUCGGAUUGGAGAAGGAGCUCACGGCAUUGUCUUCAAGGCCAAACACAUCGAGACAGGAGAGACGGUGGCUCUGAAGAAAGUGGCUCUGAGGAGGCUGGAGGAUGGCAUCCCUAACCAGGCUCUGAGGGAGAUCAAGGCCCUGCAGGAGAUCGAGGACAACCAACAUGUGGUGAAGCUGAAGGACGUCUUCCCUCAUGGUACAGGAUUUGUCCUGGUCUUUGACUUCAUGCUGUCUGACCUCUCUGAGGUCAUCAGGAACUCUGAGCGACCCCUGACCCCGGCUCAGGUCAAAGGUUACAUGAUGAUGCUGCUGAAGGGCGUGGCCUUCCUGCAUCACAACAACAUCAUGCACCGGGACCUGAAGCCAGCGAACCUCCUCAUCAGCUCAUCAGGUCAUUUGAAGAUCGCAGACUUCGGUUUGGCCAGAUUGUUCAGUGACCAGGGAGACAGACUGUACAGUCACCAGGUGGCCACCAGGUGGUACAGAGCUCCUGAGCUGCUGUACGGAGCCAGAAAAUACGAUGAGGGAGUCGACCUGUGGGCAGUGGGCUGUAUUUUCGGGGAGCUGUUGAACUCGUCCCCUCUGUUUCCUGGAGAGAACGACAUAGAACAGCUCUGCUGUGUCCUAAGAGUUUUGGGGACGCCGACCCAGGACAGCUGGCCUGAGAUCGUAGAGCUGCCGGACUACAAUAAAAUCACCUUUAAGGAGAAUCCAGCGAUCCCAUUGGAGGAGAUCGUCCCCGACACGUCCCCUCAGGCCGUCGACCUGCUCUACAAGUUCCUGGUGUAUCCGUCCAAACAGCGCUGCUCGGCCCGACAGGCUCUCCUCCAUCCCUACUUCUUCUCCUCUCCUCUUCCCGCUCACCACUCAGAGCUGCCCAUCCCUCAGAGGGGGGGCCGACCCCCCCGUCAGCGCCUGCAGGCUCCGCCCCCUGACUUCUCGUUAGACCUGCCCCUGCAGAAGAGCGUGGUAGACCCUGCGCUGCUGCAGGGACACGCCUCCUGCUUCUGAUGGACCAACCAAUCAUCUUUCUCCUGCAGUUAUAAAAACGGACAGUCUUUUUGGUUUUUGCCUUCCCGUCUUCUGAACACAUCUUUGUUUUGUCCUCAUGUCUCCUGUUCGAUUUACUCGAGUUUGAGUUACUCUGUUUGUUUACUGCAGGAACAAAAAUACAACCUCAACUGAGAAAUAAAAAAACAUUUGUACCUACUGAA